UCUUCACCAGCAACCAGCAACACAGCUACAGCUCUCGUCCCUCAGGCUUCGCGAUCCCGCAAAUCUCCAAUGUGUCCAGGUUCCCCACAGCAAAUCCUUCUGGUGCCAGCGGGACGAUUAGCGUCUCUGCUAACGUAUGCACGCGACUGGGGCUAGCUUUCGCGCGUCUGGUAUUUGAGUCGGCCUGCCCGCAUCGAGCGCGCUCCGUUCCUCGAUGCGAUCGCUUCGCACACUCGCUCUCAGCCUGAGCACAGCACACCAUGCCGUCAAAAUCACGUGGGCUGAGGACCUCGACAGGGUGCCUGACAUGCCGUAAACGUAAGGUCAAGUGCGACGAAAGCCAUCCAAGUUGCAGGAACUGCGAAAGAGUCCAACGAGAUUGUGUGUAUGCUGAGAGGACCCCAACACCCCGGCGCCCGCGAGCACUAAGUGCGCGUGACGUCGACGUGACCGCAGCUCUUGGAGACUCAGCGCCAUCAAACAAUGAGACCGAGCUUGGGUCUGUAGGCAUCCCAACGCUAGGUUCAGAGCCUGUGGAGCCGUUACAGUCGUGGCCCUCUUUCCCCGCAGAACCGCCGGAGCUCACUGAAAGUAUACUACCAAACGAUGAUUUCUUCCUUGACGACAGCCUUUUCACCUUCGGGGAAAGCUUGGCGCCUAACUUUGGACCUGUCGAAUGGUAUGAUCUAUUGGCGGAAGACGCGAUCAACAGUAUGCAAGGGCAAACGAAUAGCAAUCGCUGGAAUUUCGAUAUUGCAAGUCUAUCAAGAAGACAGUCUCCUCGGCAAUCCGUCGCUCUAGCAGGCGAUGAUGACCCUUUUGGUAGCGUCAACGUUCACACAGUCGCAAUAGCCGAGCAACCAUGGAACACGGAAGCAAGGAUUGAGUUGAAGCGGCUGGAGCUGACGUACUUUGAACAUUAUGUCAGUGAAGUAGCACCGAUCUUAGAUCUCUUCGACCCUGCGAAACACUUUGCGAACGUUGUUCCCCAUCUCGCCUUGCAUAACGUAGGUUUGCUCAAGUCCUUGUUGGCAGUCGGUGCUUGUCAUAUGGCCUUAUCCCAGGAUCAGGACGUCGGCAAUGAGGCUACUUCUCAGGUUCAACCGGAUACGCCCGCUUCGUCCUCUAGUGCAUCGUCCACUCCACGAAGGGCUGCCGAACAACUGUACUAUGAGACACUGCAGUAUCUAUCGCAGAAUAUAUGGCAUCAGUCCUACACUAAUUCACGCGAAAUAUUGGUCACUGCUACGAUGAUCUCGACAUAUGAAAUGUUUGGUACGGCUGGUAAUCCCGAUCACAGUAAUUGGGAUCGUCACCUGAGGGGAGCUUUCUGGAUACAAAAGAACGCAGGCGCAAGCGGCGAGUCUCCCGAUAGUCUGCAGCGUGCAGUUUGGUGGGCUUGGCUACGGCAAGACAUCUGGGCAGCGUUUCGUACUGGACGACCAGCACUGACAAUACAUCAGCCGAAGGUACCGAUGGUGGAACUCACGUCGGAAGGACUGGCGACACGAAUCAUAUAUAUCGCCGCAAAAUGUGUCCAGUUCGCCGCAGCGCCGAAGCAAGGAGACAUAGCUGGCUACAUCGAAGCAGGAGAAACACUAUUACGAAUGCUAGAUGCAUGGAAAAGUCUCCUUCCAUCAAGCUUCGAGCCCAUACCUGUGGAGACUGGACCCACCGCGUCUUCUCCAAGUUCGACCCUUGAAGCGAAGCCGACGCCAGUAUGGAUACACCCUCCCGCACAUGCCGCGGCCAUCCAAACCUACCACUUUGCGCGAAUAAUUAUGAUUCUCAAUCAGCCAACGACAGGAGGUCUCAACACGUAUCAAACUCGCUUCAAGCUCCUUCGCGAAAGCACAUCGACAAUAUGUGGUAUUGCUUUGGCACAGCAAUCGCAAAACUCCCCAUCGGCUUUUGUCAGCUUCCAGGCUAUCUAUGCAGCGGCACUCUGUAUGGAGACACCAGAUCGACAAGCGGAAAUACUGGAGAUUCUCAGAUCCGUCUUGAGCAUUAGCAAGUUUCCGUCGGUCUCGAUAUUAGAUGAAUUGGUCAACGUCUGGGGUGGAAAGCCAAAUUGAUGAUACCAAUGUCUCCACACUGCUACAGGAUUAUCCAUGCAAUUGUUCUAGGGCUUCUCACUAGACGACGUAUCCCAGGCUGUACUAGAGAAGCACAGCUACAACUAGAGCAGCACAUAUGCGGAAUCUUAUUGCUCCUCAGACGUCAUUCUGAUUUCCAGAACAUGAUGCGCAAGUCCGUGGC